AUGAAAAGUGGGGAGGAAAGAGAAACAGGUGUGGCUGGUGCAGGGGCUGCGCUGCUGCCCGCGCAGCCGGAAGAGGGUCUCCUCAUCGAGUGCAGACCUGGGUGGUGCCAGGCUCUGGCCGGGCACCAUAAGCUGCGGGUGGCACGGUCCCUGCUCCAGGCACUCAGGCUGCUGCCGCCCUCCUCUCAGGGCUGUUUUGUGGGUGGACCCGAGGAUGCAGCUGUGGGGGCCCAGGGAGCAGCCUGGCCUACGCGUGUCCCGCUGGGCGGCUGUGCUCCCGUGCACCUUUCCUUCGGAGGCGACCCCCUGGGCUGCUGGACUCGGAGGCCCCGAGCGCCGUGGGCCCCGGCCCCAGUGGGCCUGCUGGUCGCCCAGCCGCAGCUCCCGCCCGCGCGCUGCUGGCACUCCUCGCCCGCGCUGUGCGAUGACUCGGUGGUGGAGAAGUCGCUCAAGUCCCUCAAGGACAAGAACAAGAAGCUGGAGGAGGGCGGGCCGGUGUACAGCCCCCCCGCGGAGGUGGUGGUGAAGAAGUCCCUGGGGCAGCGGGUGCUGGACGAGCUGAAGCACUACUACCACGGCUUCCGCCUGCUCUGGAUCGACACCAAGAUCGCGGCGCGCAUGCUCUGGCGCAUCCUCAACGGGCACAGCCUGACCCGCCGCGAGCGCAGGCAGUUCCUCCGCAUCUGCGCCGACCUCUUCCGCCUGGUGCCCUUCCUGGUCUUCAUCGUGGUGCCCUUCAUGGAGUUCCUGCUGCCCGUCGUGGUGAAGCUCUUCCCCAACAUGCUGCCGUCCACGUUCGAGACCCAGUCCAUCAAGGAGGAGAGGCUGAAGAAGGAACUGCGGGUCAAGCUGGAGCUGGCCAAGUUCCUCCAGGACACCAUUGAGGAGAUGGCCCUGAAGAACAAGGCGGCCACGGGCAGCGCCACCAAAGACUUCUCCUUGUUUUUCCAGAAGAUCCGAGAGACCGGGGAGAGACCCAGCAAUGAGGAAAUCAUUCGUUUCUCCAAACUGUUUGAGGACGAGCUGACCCUGGACAACCUCACGCGGCCGCAGCUGGUGGCGCUGUGCAAGCUGCUGGAGCUGCAGUCCAUGGGCACCAACAACUUCCUGCGCUUCCAGCUCACCAUGCGGCUGCGCUCCAUCAAGGCGGACGACAAGCUGAUUGCAGAGGAGGGUGUGGACAGCCUCAACGUCAAAGAGCUGCAGGCGGCGUGCCGGGCGCGAGGCAUGCGGGCCCUGGGAGUCACAGAAGACCGCCUGCGGAACCAGCUGAAGCAGGUGCGUGCUCGCGGGGCCUCCGUCAGUCCCGCUCAGGCUCCUGUGGGGAGCCUGGAGGAGACCUGCAGGUCCUGCGGGCUCAUGGGCAGCAGCCGGGCCUCAUGCGCGGGGCCUGCACAGGUGCCUGACUCGGUCUGUGGUGCCCGGUGCUCGCUGUGUGCGGAGGCCGCGGUGGCUCCCAGGGCUGCAGUGCGGUCCUGUCCUGUCUCUGCUCCCGUCGUCUGGGCAGGUGAGCGCCACGUUAGCUCUUGGAGACACGGGCAUGUCUCACCGAGGCCAGGCUUUGGCGCACCUGCUCCCUCCAGAGGCUCAGGCAGCUCUGCCCGCCCAGGUGGGACCGGCCCUGGGAAAGGCGGCGCUCAGAGCAAUUCUCCUGCCACAUCGGAAGGUGGAAGGUGGAAGGUGGAGAGCGUGCGGGCGCCCAGUGGCCCGCCUCCUGACCGCCAUGCUGCGGCCCCUCCCAGGGGGGUCAGCGCGUCCUCCAGGUGGAGGCAAAUGUGCAGCGCAUCGGUCCCCUCUGUCUUCUGUGUGCUCCGCCUCCGCUUGUCUUCUGUGUG